AUGCUUCUCUGGGCUCCGAAUGAGAAGGCAUCAUCCCCAGUGGUGGUGACGGGAUCGCAACUGCUCUCUUCGGUGCCUCGAGCGGAAUUGGAGCGGUCUUUGGGUGGAAGAGACAGAGUACAGGUCAUCGGUGCAAGGAGGAAGUCAAGCCCUCUAAAAUCAGGAACUAUGGUCCUGUCAAAGACCUUCUGGUGGUUGGGCAUCUGGAUUGCCGUCCUCUUCUGUACAAGCUUACAGGUAAGAGCAGAGAAGUCUCCAGGGGCAUACUUCCUGCCUGAAUUUGCCCUUUCUCCCCAAGGAAGUUUCCUUGAAGAUACAACGGGGGAGCAGUUCCUCACUUACCGUUAUGAUGAUCAGACAUCAAGAAUUACACGGUCAGAUGAAGAGAAGGAUGGUGGCUGGGAUGCCUGGGGUGCCUGGAGUGAUUGUUCCCGGACCUGUGGAGGAGGAGCAUCCUACUCUCUGAGGAGAUGCUUGAAUGGAAGGAGCUGCGAAGGGCAGAAUAUUCGAUACAAAACCUGCAGCAAUAAUGACUGCCCUUCUGAUGCUGGUGAUUUCAGAGCUCAACAGUGUUCAGCCUAUAAUGAUGUCCAGUACCAAGGACACUACUAUGAAUGGCUUCCUGUCUACGAUGAUUCAGCGGCACCCUGUGCCCUUAAGUGCCAAGCUCGAGGGCAAAACUUGGUUGUGGAAUUGGCACCCAAAGUUCUUGAUGGAACUCGCUGCAACAUAGACUCCUUGGAUAUGUGUAUCAGCGGCAUUUGUCAGGCAAUAGGAUGUGAUCGACAGCUUGGGAGCAAUGCCAAAGAAGACAACUGUGGCGUCUGUGCGGGAGAUGGAUCAACAUGCAGACUUGUGAGGGGACAGUCUAAGUCACAUGUUUCUCCUGAAAAAAGGGAAGAAAAUGUGAUUGCCGUUCCACUAGGAAGUCGAAGUGUGAGGAUUACUGUGAAAGGACCAGCACACCUCUUUAUCGAGUCAAAAACCCUUCAAGGAAGCAAAGGAGAGCACAGUUUUGCUGCCCCUGGAGUUUUUGUUAUAGAAAACACUACAGUUGAAUUUCUGAGGGGGUCUGACAGGGAAACUUUUAAGAUUCCAGGACCUCUGGGAGCAGAUUUCAUCUUCAAGACCAGGUAUACCACCUCCAGAGACAGCGUGGUCCAGUUCUUCUUCUACCAACCUAUCAGUCAUCAGUGGAGACAAACUGACUUCUUUCCCUGCACUGUAACAUGUGGAGGAGGGUAUCAACUCAACUCUGCUGAAUGUGUGGAUGUUCGCCUGAAACGUGUUGUUCCUGACCACUAUUGUCAUUACUACCCUGAGAACACGAAGCCGAAGCCAAAACUGAAGGAGUGUAGCAUGGAUCCUUGCCCUUCAAGUGAUGGAUUUAAAGAGAUAAUGCCCUAUGACCACUUCCAGCCUCUUCCUCGCUGGGAACAUAAUCCUUGGACAGCAUGCUCGGUGUCCUGUGGUGGAGGGAUCCAGAGGCGGAGCUUUGUUUGUGUAGAGGAGUCCAUGCACGGAGAAAUAUUACAAGUAGAAGAAUGGAAAUGCAUGUAUGCCCCCAAGCCCAAAGUGAUGCAAACUUGCAACCUCUUUGAUUGUCCCAAAUGGAUUGCCAUGGAGUGGUCUCAGUGCACAGUGACAUGCGGUCGAGGGUUAAGAUAUCGAGUUGUCCUUUGUAUCAACCAUAAUGGACAACAUGUUGGGGGCUGCAAUCCACAACUCAAGUUACACAUCAAAGAGGAAUGUAUCAUUCCAGUCCCGUGUUAUAAACCAAAAGAAAAAAAUCCAGUGGAAGCCAAAUUACCGUGGUUUAAACAAGCCCAGGAGCUGGAAGAGACCAGAACAGCAGCAUCAGAAGAACCAACGUUUAUUCCUGAGCCUUGGUCAGCCUGCAGCACCACCUGUGGCCCAGGUAUCCAAGUCCGAGAGGUCAAGUGUCGGGUCCUGCUUACAUUCACUCAGACAGAAACAGAGCUGCCUGAGGAAGAGUGUGAAAGCCCUAAGCCAUCCACAGAACGGCCUUGCCUCCUGGAAGCAUGUGAUGAAGUCCCUGCUGCACGUGGACUGGAUUCCUCUCGGCAUGAAAAGGACAGUGAAACGAUUUAUGAUUGGGAGUACGUUGGUUUUACUCCUUGCUCAGCUACAUGUUUGGGAGGCAAACAAGAAGCCAUAGCUCGGUGUCUACACAUCCAGACACAGCAAGCUGUCAACGACACACUGUGUGACGAGGCCCAUCGUCCCCCUGCAAUGACUCAGGGUUGCAACACCGAUCCCUGUCCUCCAAGGUGGCAAACAGGGUCGUGGAGGCCAUGCUCCGCAACUUGUGGUGUGGGAAUACAGACCAGAGACGUGUACUGCCUGCAGCCCGGGGAGCCCAUUGUCCCUUCUGAAGAGUGCAAAGAUGAAAAGCCUCAUGUUUUGCAAGCUUGCAACCAAUUUGACUGUCCCCCUGGCUGGCACAUAGAAGAGUGGCAACAGUGUUCUAGGACCUGUGGUGGAGGAACUCAGUAUCGGAGGGUGACCUGUAGGCAGCUCCUGACGGAUGGCAGCUUUCUGAACCUGUCAGAUGAGUUGUGCCAAGAACCUAAAGCAUCUUCCCAUAAGUCUUGUGCCAGAACCGACUGUCCACCUCAGUUAGUUUUAGGAGAUUGGUCCAAGUGUUCUGUAAGUUGUGGUGUUGGGAUUCAGAGAAGGAAGCCCAUCUGUCAAAAGCUGACCUCCAAAGGUCGCAACAUCACGCUCAGCGGGUCACUGUGCAGGGGCCAGCUGCAUGCCCCUCUCGUAAGAUCUUGCCGGAUGACGAUGUGUAAUAUGAUAAAGCCAGAGGUUAUACCAAAAUAUGGUGGCCAAGGUCCUCAGAUCCUUGGCAUCCAAAGAGUCUACAUUCAGACAAGAGAAGAAAAACGUAUUAAUUUCACAAUAGGUGGAAGGGCCUAUCUACUUCCCAAAACAUCUGUGGUCAUCAAGUGCCCAGUAAGAAGGUUCCAAAAAUCUCUCAUCCGGUGGGAAAAAGAUGGACAGCGUUUGCAGAACUCCAAAAGGCUUGGCAUAACCAAGUCAGGUUCAAUGAAGAUUCAUAGUCUUGAAGCCAGUGACAUUGGAUUGUACCGGUGUAUUGCAGGGCCUGUGCACGAAACAUUUGUUCUUAAGCUAAUUGGUACUGACAACCGACUCAUAGAGCCCCCAGCCUUCCGAGAUCACCCCUUUGAACAUGGCAGAAUAGACCCUAAUGAAGCCAAUAGUUUGGGAGCCACAUGGCAUAAAAUGAGACAAAUAUGGAGUCAACAAAAUGAACUCUUCCUGGAUGAUGGUCAAGUUAGCGACCAGCCACUUUUGAGAGCUCUCGUACACCAUGGCAGUAAUCCAGCAGAAACUCCCAACUCCUUAGAAUUCAAGGAUAAGUGCUUAGAAGCAGCAGUCAAACAAGGAUCCUACAGUAUGGACACUGUACAGUUUGAAGAACUAAUAAAGAAUAUGAGUCAGCUUAUUGAAACUGGAGAGGUGAAUGAUGACAUUGCCUCCCAAGUGAUCUAUGAGGUGGUUGCCGAGUUAGCAAAGGUACAACCUACAAGGGAGAAAUGGAAAGGAGCCCAAGUGGAAUCUUCCACCACAAAAUUGAAUAUGAAAACUCAAAAUGUGUCUAGAGGUUUCAGCUCAAAAAACCCAAACAGGCCAACCAUCAAGCAAAAAGGACUUGCUCUUAUGAAACAAAGCAAAUUACCCCCAAUUUCAUUGAAUAAAACAAUAAAUUCGAGGAUUGGAAGUCCAGUUUUUAUUACCCAAAGUACUGAAGUCAUCAACUUGUUCUGUGACCUUGUUAAAACUAAUGAGGCUAAAUAUGAAUGGACCAAAGAUGGAGCAGCACUACAGCCUUCAGAAAAAAUAAUACUGGAUGGCACCAGAAAAGUACAAAUUCGGAAUCCUACAAGGGAAGAACAAGGUGUAUAUGGAUGUACUGUGGUUAAUCAUCUUGAUUCAGAAACAAAAACUUCCUCAGUGUUGUAUGCAGAGGUGCCUGUCAUCUUGACUGUUGCAAGAAAUUUCACAGAAUUGGAACAUGGCCGUCUGACUCUAAUUAUUGGUGGCACUGCCAAGGCAAGAGUGGGAGCCAACAUCACCAUUAGGUGUCCAGCAAAAGGUGUUCCUCAGCCUAAUAUUACUUGGUUAAAAAGAGGAGGAUCCCUGAGUGACAAUGCUUUCUUGCUUUUCAAUGGGUCCCUAUUGCUGAAGAAUGUUUCACUUGAAGAUGAAGGGACAUAUGUGUGCACAGCCACCAAUGCCCUUGGAAAAGCAGUGGCAUCAUCUGUUCUUCACUUGUCAGCAGAAUAUAAUUGGGAGCCUGGUGAAUGGACAUACUGCUCUGCUACCUGUGGCAACCUGGGAAGCCGCAUUCAGAGACCCCAAUGCAUGACGCCAAAAAGACAAAAAGUCAAUGAGACCUUUUGUGAUCACCUCCAGAAGCCACAGAAUCUGGUGCAGCCCUGCAACAGGCGAGACUGCCCUCCAAGGUGGCUGACAAGUAACUGGUCAGAAUGUUCUGUGUCCUGUGGUAAUGGAUUUCGGCAUCGUCAGAUAACUUGUGAACGAGUAAAAGCCAGCGGCAUCGUGCAGGCGAUGUCUCCAAAUGCUUGUGCCCAUAAAGAUCGACCUUUGGGCAGAAAACGUUGUUUGGGUCAAGCUUGUGGUGAAUGGGCAGUUCAGCUCGGGAGCCAGUGUUUGUCUGGACAGUGUUUGGGCCGUGCCCAAGAGAUGCAGCGUCUGCCUGUGCUCUGUCAGCAUCCCAAUGGGUCAGCCGUAUCUGACCUGGACUGUGAUCAAAGAAAGAGAUCCAACCUGAGGAGAAACUGUUCCUCUGAGCCAUGUGAUGUAUAUUGGCACGCUGGCCCUUGGAGACCCUGCACAGCAGCCUGUGGCAAUGGAUUUCAGUCCCGGAAAGUGGAAUGCAUACACCGGAAUAGUAGUCGACCAGUGGCGGUUCACCACUGUGGUUCUAGACAGAGACCAGUGACCUGGAAGCACUGUAAUGUCACUUCCUGCGGUAAAGGAGAAUGCAAGGACACAACUCACUACUGUACAUUUGUAAAACAUCUAAACUUGUGCUUGAUAGACCUCUACAAACAAAGGUGUUGCCAGUCUUGUCAAGAAGCAUAGUUCUGUGCAGAGUUCAUGGUGCUGCUAUGAAGAGGAGGAGGAAGUUCUUUGCAUGUAGCUGGUUCCAAAGUAUGUAUU